CAGCAGCGUCUCCUGUGAGCUGGUCCAGGGAGAUCAGAGUCGAGCCCCAGAGCGCUUGCUCUUCCGUCCUGGGCCCUGUUGGGUCCCUCACGUCCCUCCUUCUCCCUCCCCUCCAGCCAAGCCCACCGUCACCAUCUCCCCCACCAAGACGGACCCCGGUUCCCCCAACACCAUCCUCCUCUGCACCGUGACCGGCUUUUACCCCCUGGAGAUCGACGUCCAGUGGCUGAAGAACGGGCGGCCGGAGAAGGAGGGCGUCGCCUUCGGGGAGGGGCUCCAGACGGGAGACUGGACCUACCAGCUCCAGGUGCUGCUGGAGACCCAGCCCCAGCGUGGGGACGUCUACGCCUGCAAGGUGGGGCACGCCAGCCUGGAGGCCCCCGUCACCGUCCAGUGGGAGCCACGUUCCUCCAACGCUGCCAAGAGCAAGCUCUGGACGGGGGCCGUGGGGACCGUGCUGGGGGGGGUCUUCCUGGCUGGGGGGCUCUCCCCCUACCUGAAGAACAAGAAAGCAACUCCCAUCCAACAACCAGCACUCAUGAAUUAAUCCUGCUAUCCCUUCCUGCUCUCAGAUGCAAAAUCGCUGAAGAUUUUCAGCACCUGAUGAAUUUCUGCCUUUU